CAUCUUUGCAAGAACACAGACCAGAAGCAUGAAGUCCAGAAAAACCAAAACACAUAUUAGAAGCAUUCAUCAUCUUUUCUCAAGUUCGAACACAAAAAAAUUGAAAUUCCCAGACUGCCUAGGCCGCCCAAGGGCCGCUCAGGCCUCCUCGGCACCAGCCUAAUCCCUGUCCCGAUUUUGCAUUAAUCCCGGAGUUGGCCACCGCCCAACGCUUAAGCCGAUUUUCAGGACAUUGAUUUUGACAAUAAACCAACCAAAAGUAACAUAAAAAAAUAAAUAAAAAAGAAACCGGCAUUGGGCAUUGAACCCGACGUGAAUCGAACACGCAACCUUCUGAUCUGGAGUCAGACGCGCUACCAUUGCGCCACGGAUCCGGUCGUUAACUAUCUGCUUUUAUAUUAAUUUAUUCCAACUAGAAUAAUAAGCCCUUGUCCGACGUCGUUUCAGCGAUUUCAGUACGCUACUGAAACGGUUUAAAGAGCCUUCCCGCCAGAGCCCAACUGGUUAACAGCUGGAAAUCAGCGAGUCGUCUUCUCCAAGAAAACCCAUUUCCCCACAUUCUUGCAGAGAGAGAGAGAGAGAGAGAGAGAGAGAGAGCAACCAACAAUGGCCGCAGACCCAUCAAAGCUUCAGACCCAGAUCGACAUCAAGCCUCCUCCGCUUCCAUUCCACACUGAAUCAGCUCCCGAAACUCUUCAAGAACCCAAGCUCUCCUUCUUCGCCUCCCGCUACCGUCGCACUCGCCGCCGUCGAGCCGACACAUGGCUCAUAUCUCUCUUCGUGAUCCUACACAUCGUGGCCUUCACGGCGACUAUGGUCGUCAACGACUGCUGGCACAAGUCUCGUGGCGACUGCGCCCUCAAAGCCUUUGGCCGGCUGUCGUUUCAGCCACUCUCCGAGAACCCGCUGCUUGGCCCUUCCGCUUCCACGCUUGAUGAAAUGGGAGCUCUUCGACGGACCUUUUUGACAGAGAAUCGCCAAACAUGGCGUCUUUUCACAUUUCCAUGUCUGCAUGCCGGAGCCAUCCACCUUGUGAUCAACCUUUGCAGUGUCGUUUUUGUUGGAAUUCACUUGGAGCAAGAGUUUGGUCCAUUAAUGGCAGGGUUAAUCUAUAUACUCUCUGCUUUUGUUGGUACGUUGGUGGCUGCACUCUUUGUUGAGAAACACCCAGCAGUUGGUGCUUCUGGAGCUCUAUAUGGGUUACUUGGAGCUACACUUGCAGCGCUGAUUCAGAACUGGGAAAUGUACACCAAUAAGUUCACAGCUCUAGUAUCAGUUCUAUUUGUCUCCAUUGGGAAUUUUCUCCUCGGCUUGCUACCUUAUGUGGACAACUUUUCGAGCAUUGGAGGCUUUAUAUCAGGGUUCCUACUUGGAUCUGUGCUUUUAUCCAGUCCUAAGGUCAGAGAACUGGCUCAAGAGAAAGGAGGCCUCCUUGAUUAUGAUCUCAAAAGUUCUAUCAAGUUGAGGAUGAGGCUGAAGCUGGACAGACCAGUUUAUAGGAGUUUGGCUUUUGUUCUCUUUGGUGUUAUGCUGGCUGGAUGUCUUGUUGCAGUUCUGCAAGGCAUUGACCUGAAUCAGUACUGCAGGUGGUGCCGGCAUUUUGAUUGUAUCCCUUUCAAAGGAUGGAGCUGCAGGGACAUGGAAACUUUUUGUGAGACCAUGGUGAGCAAUGAACAGCUGACUUUGACCUGUAUGAGCAAUGGGAACUUCAGGGUUCUUCCAUACACAAAUGUCUCUCAAGAUCGGGUGAAUGACUUGUGCAGUGUGAUAUGCUCAUAGAAAUUGUCGGUCUUGGUGACUAUUGCAACAGCAUGGAGAGAGAGACAAAUUCCUAGCAUCAAUACUGGGUUGAUAGCUGCCCGGUUGUAUCUACGCAACAUUUUUUUUCUUCCUGUUUUUUCCAUUGUUUGCAUAUCCCUCUAAUUUUGGAAGUAUAGAAGAGAAAGGUCAAUGGCCUCUCACUUUUGCAGUGCAAAAUUUGCAGAAAAACUGGGUUGGCGUGAGGCAUAACAUUUUGUAUAGAUAUAAUCUCUCGUGGAUACAUCGGAGUGAAAUAACAUUUUGUACAUGUUCUUGAGCUGAUAUAUGAUCAUUCAAAUCUUAUUGUGGAAAUUAAUGUGCUCUACUAGUUGUUCAACUUGCGAUUUUGAAGGUUGU